CAGCUGUUGCGUCUCGGUCGACGGUAGGUGUCGCUGUGAGCGCGCAGUGUCCUCGAGCCGCAGUGAGUGGAAGAAGAGCUCUGAUGACAGCAGUCGCGCGCAGUGUUCACAUCAUGUCAGGAGGACUCGGAGGGUUCGCUCAGAUCACGGACUGUUUGUACAUCGGCAACGGCAAAACGGCAAACGACUCUUCAGUCAUACGCUCUCUCAACAUCACAUGUGUUAUUAAUGCAACUACUCAGGACACAAGAAACGCGAACAUUCCCACGAUGGAUUAUAUGCGCGUGUCCGUCUCCGAUGAUCCCGAAUCCAGACUCGCGGAGCAUUUUGACGCAGUCGCUGAUAAGAUACAGCAGGUCUGUGAAGAGCAUGGACGAGUCCUGGUUCACUGUAACGCAGGCGUCAGUCGAUCCGCGUCUCUGUGUCUGGCGUUCCUGAUGAAACACUGUCAUCACACACUAGCGGAGGCUCACACACACCUCAAAGCUCAGAGACCCAUCAUCAGACCGAACCCCGGCUUCUGGAGGCAGCUCAUCGAGUACGAGCGCAAAAUACAUGGAGAAAACACAGUCAGAAUGAUCAACUCUCCUGUUGGAGACAUUCCAGAUUUAUAUGAGAGAGAAACAAGGGGAUUGAUCCCACUUUAGGAGAGGAAAUGUGUGUUUCUCUUAUUAUUUCAUUCAUAUUUGAAUGAUUUUGAAUUUUUUUGGGAGGGCGUAUCAACGAUAUGUUUGAUUUUAUAAGUUCAUAAUUAAGUGUUUGUGAUGUUAUGCAAUAAAAAGACAGAAAAUGGCGGAAGAA